AUGCUCCGGCCGUCCGCUAGACCUCUCUGCCAACCAACUGCCCUGCCAGCAACAGUGCCGUCCGACAGCACCAAGAAGACCCCCGCCGCCAAAAAGAUCAAGGAGCCGGUAGCAGACUCGUGGGAAGACGAGGACGUGGACGACGACGACGAAGAAGAAGAAGAAGAGCAGGGGGGUGCGCCGAAGCCCCAGAACGACGGCUCCCAGGCCCCGCCGCCGACCCCCAGCUCCCCGUCGUACAGCACGGCGGACCGGUCCUUCCCUCCGUACGGAGUCUCGGACACGGCCGCCCCCGCCACCCCGGCCGCCGGCAGUACCAGCGGCGUCCGCAGGCCGGAAAAGACGGACGCCGUGGCCCGGCGCAUGAUUGCCAGCGCCCUCGGCGUCAAGGUGCCCCGCAUGACGGAGGAGCAGCGGGCCUACGACAGGGCCGUCAAGGAGAAGGAGCGCAAGCGCCGGGAGGAGGAGAAGGCCGCCGAGAAGAGGCGGCUGGAGGAGGCCGAGAAGGCAAAGGCCGCCAUCUGGGAGGACUAG